UCUUGGCGAAUGGAUCAAAAAUAUACGCCGUUCUGGACUUAGCGUGGCUAAAUAUUUUGGAGUAAAUAGACGAUUUUUGAUCUCCACUUUGCACGAAUUUGAAGUCGUAGCGACUACAUUUAAGAUAUUAAUGCGCGAAGUUAAUUUACUUUCUCGAUCAGCGCCUGAGCUACAGUAUAACUCGAUUUUAAUCCAAACUGAGUUUCAGCGCAUUGUGAUUGAUGGGCUAGGGGAUCCUGUCUUUCUUCAAAAACUACUUAAAUUGCGUGCCGCUCGGCGAUGGGUUAUCGCUGGAGACCUCAUUGACAGUCACGUGAAGCUACACUCGCACUUGCGAGCCCUAUGUGCUUCGCCUUUUGACGAAAAAGAGUUUUGGGAUAUUUGGAUAAAUAACAAAGACGGAGAAGCCAAAGCUCGCGUGGAUCUUCUCAUGCAAGUUUUACAAUUACGUGUUUCAGCACCCCCUCCCGCUUAGUCUGGUCUCGAUUAUGAGUAACGGUAAUGGCCGAAUGGCAAGCAAGCAAGAUUUUUUUUAUUUUUAACUUACUCCCAGGGUGGCAUUCUAGGUAGCAAAUUUGUCAAUUGAUGUUAUAAAUUUAACGUAACUUAAACUUAGGGAAUAAUUUACUUUACUAUUGAUUCCCUUAUUCUUCCCCGGAAAAGAUUGUUGUAUUUGUUUAGCUUCUGAACAUCUUUGCACUUGACCAAAUCCCAGAAUUUUCAUUUGUUAAAAGCUAAAUUCGACUGUUGCUAUGUUAAAUGAAAUAAAAAUGUGUCAAGAAAA